AUGGAAACGACAGGGUUGAGCGUGGGCAAGUCUGUGCUUAAUGGAGCGCUCAGCUACGCCAAGUCGGCCAUCGCACAGGAGGUAGCUCUGCAGCUAGGUGUCCAGCGUGACCAGGCUUUCACAAGGGAUGAGCUGGAGAUGAUGCUCUCUUUCCUCAUGGCUGCACAUGAGGAGCGAGACAAUCACAAGGUGGUCAAGACCUGGGUAAAGCAGGUCCGUGACGUGGCCUACGACGUCGAGGACUGCCUCCAAGAUCUCGCUGUUCGACUUGGGAAGCCAUCCCGGUGGUGCUUCCUUCGGACGUUGGUCGAUCGACACCGUGUGGUCACACGGAUGAAGGAACUACGAGCCAAGGUUGAAGAUGUCAGCCAGAGGAGAAUUGCAACAAUGUUUGGUAUUGAGGAAGCUAGAAGGCAAAAGGACAAAGCGAAAGUGGAUCUUUCCCAGCUGAUCAAUGAGGGGAAUCAGGACCUUAGAGUGAUCGUGGUGUGGGGAACAGGUGGUGUUCUUGGUCAGACCGUCGUCAUCAAAGCAGCGUAUGACAAUCUGAAGAGGAGCAAGAUGUUUGAGCUCUAUGCAUGGUUCAGGAUUGUGCAUACAUUCAAUCCACUGGAAUUCCUCCAGUGCAUUAUGAGGCAGUUCUAUCAAAUCUCUUUUGAAGAAACAGGGGAAACCCAAGAAAAAACAAGCAUCGGGGCUCAAGUUUUUAAGAAGAUGGGGAUCACGAAACAAGAUGAUUUGGUUGAUGCCUUCAGUGAGCAUGUGAAUGAGAAAAGCUAUCUGAUUGUGCUUUGUGAUCUGUCCAUUGAAGAGUGGGAUGUGAUCACGGGAUAUUUUCCAGACAAUAAGAAAGGAAGCCGAAUCAUUGUAUCCACAGAGCAUGGUGAAGUUGCAAGCCUUUGUGCCGGGCAAGAAAGUACAGUGUCGGAGCUCAACCAAUCAUCUGUUGAUCAUAGUAUUUUUGCUUCCUACAAUAAGGAAUCUCAGGUUGUGGGUCGAGAGAAAGAGAAGAUUGACCUUAUCAAUUUAAUUUCAAAGCAAGAUGACCAGCAACCUAUAGUGAUCUCGGUGUGGGGAAUGGGAGGUCUUGGAAAAACUACGCUAGUCAAAGAGAUCUACCAAAGGCAAGAGCUAGGUGGCUUAUUUGAGAAGCGUGCAUGUGUUACAAUCAUGCGUCCAUUUGUUCUCCAAGAGAUCCUUGAGAGCUUAGCUAUGCAAUUAGAUGCAGAUUCUGUUGGGUUAGGCACACAAAAAGUAACCGGAACUGAAGCAUUAAUUGAAGUACUUGAUAAGGUUUUGGCAAGAAAGAGGUGUCUAAUUGUUCUCGAUGACUUGUCUUCUAUUAGGGAAUGGGAUAUGAUAAUACAAAGUCUCCCUAAAAUGGAGAGUGCAUGUCGGAUCAUUAUCACCACUAGGGAAGAGAAUAUCGCAAGACGUUGCUCACAAAAGCCAGAAAACAUAUACAAGCUCAAGGUUCUUGAAGAUAGUGACGCUCUUGACCUCUUGACCAAGAAGGUACUGAUACAGAACAAUCUUGCUGCAUUUGUUCAAUUGCUUUAG